UAAACAUUUUUGAUAAAACACAAUACAGAGUUUCUAUUAAUGUAUUAUUUGGUCUUAGCAAGCGGUGCAAAUAAACUCGUCUAUAACUAGUGUAAUUGUCAUAAUUCAUUUAAUUCCACAAGCGACUGCAUUACAAUAACAAAAGAUGCCGUCGCCACAAGGCCAGAGAGCUAGACCGCGACUCUACUGUGGUAUGGGGAAUCACACGCUUCAGGAACCAUCUAAAAGAAUCGCAUCUAUGGGAAUGCUGGCAUUUGCGAAGAGAUGGAAUCCAGAGCUAAUGCACUCUACUCUCAUAUGUCUCAGUUGUUAUGAAUUGUUGGAGAAAAUAUAUCGUUUCAAACAAAACCGAAUCAGAGAACGUAUCAGACAAAUGAAUAGAGACGAACGUAACACCAAUUCACUUACGGACGUAAGCGCCACCUCCUCAUCCUCCAGUGGGGCGAGCUUAUCUCAAGAAAGCGGGCCCACUACGGCGGCGGCCAAACGAAAGCGUACAGAAUCAACACAUUCGGACUCUUCGCAACCGACCAACGAUCCUCAGCCUAAUAACGACGACGACGAUGACGACUCAAUGCUAAGUCUGAAUGCAGUGAAUGGCACACGUCUUCCCCACAUACAGCCCAUUCCCAAAAGACGCCAAUUUGUGCACUUGAACAAGGAGGCAAUGGAUAUUUAUUUGGCCGGCACCACAGGAGGAUAGUCUCUAUAUACUUUGGAAAGACCACAACUUAUUUGUAUUUAUCCUAAUUGUACAUGCUUAGAACCACUUAUUUUGGUCAUUUAUUUCCUGCUUAAAAUAAAAAUGGAGACUUGUUUAUUAAAGACAUCGAUUGAAAGAGAGAAA